CGUUCGUUUUCAUGCUUUGGCCAGCACGAGCGGGGUUCUGCUGAAAACUGGAGGAGCAGCUGAACGUGGUGUCUGUUGCUAGACUUCGGUAAUUGCUGAAGUGCCUCCCUUUGCAAAUUAAAUUUGGUGUUCCAGGCCAGACUGAGAAUGUUUGCUUUGCCAGGAUCUGCUUUGGAUGUUUUAGAAAAUAUGGAAGGAGACAAUGUACUAAACUUGUCCAGGAUGAAUCUGGAAACGGUGGCUUUGGAAGACAUCAGUGAAGAAAAGAAAAACGAGACUCGCCAAUUACUGUUGUCGCACAAUAGAUUUACUGUUUUCCCCGAAAAUAUCGCGUAUUUAAGAAAUCUGUUGUUUCUAGAUAUUAGUUCCAAUGGGCUCACCUACAUCUGCGAUCAGAUCUUGGAACUUACCAAACUUAGGGCUUUGAUAGCCAAAAACAACAGAAUGGACGAGUACUCGCUGCCUAAAGAUUUUGGAAAGAUGAGUUUGGAAGUUGUCAAUUUUAGUGGCAAUCGCUUUGAGGAGGUGCCUUCUCAGCUUCUAGAAUUGCAAAGACUCAAAUCUCUUUCACUUGGAGGAAACAGACUGAAAACCAUCCCACCAGAAAUAGAGAAUCUAACUAGCUUAGAACUGUUGUACUUGGGUGGAAAUGGAAUUCUAUCAAUUCCUCCAGAACUUGCAAACCUGCAGUGCCUAAGUUAUCUGGGACUGUGUGACAACCGCAUUCAAGGCCUUCCACCACAGCUUGCUCAGCUGAAUUCUCUACGGUCACUCAGUCUUCACAAUAAUUUACUUACAUAUCUUCCUCAAGAAAUCCUCAACCUGGUCCAUCUACAGGAGCUCAGUCUACGUGGCAACCCUCUUGUUGUACGAUUUAUAAGAGACCUAAUCUACAACCCCCCAUCUCUACUCGAACUGGCUGGACGGAUUGUGAAAUCCCGCAACAUUCGGUAUACUCAUUACGACAUGCCUAGAAACUUGGUCAGCUAUUUGGAUUCAGCCAGCAAGUGCCCAAACCCCAAGUGUGCUGGAGUUUACUUUGACUCUUGUGUUCGUCAUAUCAAGUUUGUCGACUUCUGUGGCAAGUACCGCCUGCCCUUGAUGCACUAUCUGUGUUCUCCACAAUGCUACUCGCCCUGCAGCUCUAACUCUCAGAGUGACUGUGAUUCUGAUGAUGAACUCAACAUUCCUCAACACCGGAUGCAGAAAGUCCUGCUUGGCUAAAUGCUCAUAUAUGAAGAUCAUGAAGAUUUAGAUUUCUGCAGUCCUGGAUGACUUGAACCCAUCUUAUAUGAUGUGCCAGGGUUUUUUUGAAUCCAGUCAUGGAAGCAUUUACACUAAUGUCCAAGCCUUUACAUCAGAUUUGUAGUCCAUUGGUUUGCACAGCAUUCCUAAUCUUUGAAGUAUUAUUACAUAAUUUUUUGUAUAAAAGGAUUAUAUUUUUAUGCCAGUAAUUUUGAAAUAUUCUGGCAUUCUUUAUUGGAUAUGCAAAGAGCUAUUUUAAAUAACAAUCGUCUAAAAUAUUAUGUGAAGCACAGCUUUAAUAUGUUAAAAACUUCAUACAUGUAAUCUUUCAUUUGAAAUGCUAAUCUUAACAUGUAUCAAAAAACUGUUUUUCUUUGAAGAAGAUCUUGUUUGUAAAAUUACAAUACAGUAUACCAUACCUAGCAGCAAUUCUUCUUUUAAUUCUGAUUAUUAACAGACUGGAUUAAAUAGUGGUGUUAUGUUCAUUGCUAGAAUUAUUGCUUCAGUGGCAACCUUAUAGGUGGAUAUAAGAACUCCCACCUUUCCACACUUUUAUCAUGUGCCAGUUCCUUAUGUCCUAAAAGGAAACAAUUUUGACCAAUCGAGUCUGUGCAACUCAGAGUGAUCCCAUUCCCUUUUCUUUGAAAGCUCUUCUCUCGACAUUCCCAUCACAGCCCACCUCCCAGAUUUGCCACUCACCUGCAUAUUAAGGGUACAUUAAUAUGACAUAUCAAUCUAUCAGCCUGCUUUUCUUUGUUUUGCUGGAUGAGACGAGAUUAUAAGCAGGAAACCCAUACACUUAAAGGAGUCUCUACAGCAAAUUUAAUAUUAACAGCAAUGGAGCUCCGGAUUGAACCCAGGUCACUAGAGCUGUGAGAAAGCAGUUCUGUUAGAUGGGUCACUGUGCAAAAUUAAGUGAGAAGGCAUGUUGUGAUGGGGACAUUAUGAUUCUUCAAUGGAGAAGAGAUGGAUUGAGUGAUUGGGCAAAAAGCUGUCCAAUAGAGUUUUAAUGAGGAGAGGUUUAAGGUCAUGUUCAAACAUAUUUCAGUGCGAGCAAUUGGAAAAUGGAUUAUUAUCUAAAUGGAGAAAGACUGCAAGUGAGUCAAGUUCAUAGAGAUUGGGUGCAAAAAUCACUAUAUUAUCAGGCAAUGCAAUGUGUAGUUAGGAAGGCAAGCAGUGUUUUGGCCUUUUUAUUUUUUGAAAAGAAGGUAGAGUUUAAUAAUAGCAACACACAUCAAAGUUGCUGGUGAACGCAGCAGGCCAGCCAGCAUCUCCAGGAAGAGGUACAGUCGACGCUUCGGGCCGAGACCCUUUGUCAUAAUAGAAGGAGUUUUUUCCAUAGCUGUACAUGUUGCUGAGGCCAUACCUGAAAUUCUCUACACAGUUAUGAUCCCCUUGCCUAAAAAAUAUAGUAGCAUUGGAAGCAGUCUGAAGGAGAUUUGCCAGAUGAAUUUUUGGGAUGUGAGGGUUGUCCUACCAACAGAGCCUAGACAGUUUGAAUGUGUAUUAUUUGGAGUUCAGAAGGAUGACGGGUGACCUUGCUCAAACGUAUAAGAUUCUCAGGUGGCUAAUCAAGAUGUUUUCACUAGUAGGGAAGUCACAGAGAAAGGUAUGGAGCUACAAAACGAGGGGCCAAGUAUUUGAAAUUGUGAAACGUCCAAAAUUCUUACCUCAUUCAGUAAUGAAAAUCUGGCAUUCUCUACCUCAGUGGAUGGUAGAGGUCAGGUACAUGGAGGAGUUUAAGGUGGGGGGUUAUAUGGGAGGCAGGGUUUGAGGGUCGGUACAACAUUGUGGGCCAAAGGGCCUGUAAUGUGCUGUACUAUUCUAUGUUCUAUAAGUCAUUAGAUAUGUUUAGUGUAGAGAUAUAUAAAUAGCUGAAAUAUUGAGGGUAAUAGGGAACUGGCACAGAAAGGGGUUGAGGCCAACAUAUAAGCCAUAUUGACUGGUGUGCAGGCUUGAAAGGUCUGGUAGUCAUUUUUGCUUCUGUUUAAUUCCUCUUUGCUACUGGAUAAAUAGAUUCACAAUAAAAUACAAGUAAUCACAAAUUAAUUGAUGUGGUAGUGUAUAAAAAAAGUGCCUGCAAUGAAAUCCUUAGGCUAAAGAAAAUGGUUACAGUCCAUGAGGAAGCAUCGGGCAUUUGAGCUUCUAUCUAUCUUAAACUUCCAUUCCUAAUAUUCAUGUGAAGGAUUUGGGUUGUUUAUGUUGCUGAAUUAAGUUACAGAAAACAGUAAUGCUUCAUGGAUUCAUGCAAUUGCAUUGAUUUGUUAUGUCUGACAAUCUCUGGAUACAUCAGAUGAUGAAUGGCUGGGACAGGCAUCCUAUUUUGCAUGUAAAACUGGAAAAAGAAUGUUCCCUGCUGUGAGCUCAAAUACCUUAAUGGAAUUUAUUGAUUAUUAUAGUUUUUACUUAUGGCAUUUGGAACUUCUGAUUUUUAAGGAAGGAUAUUUGCCUUUUGUUUCAUCCAAUGCUGUUAAAAUGAAUCGAGUCCUGCCCCCCAGUUUUGCACGGACGGAAGUUUUAUUACUUUUAUGCUGGAGUUAAUGCUAUUGAAAAGAAUGAACGGGGCUUCGUGAUGAAACAAUUCACAUUUGCAAAGUAUAUGUAAAUGAUAUAUAAGCAAGUUUAUUGAGAUAUAAACACAAAAGAUUCUGCAGAUGCUGGAAGUCCAGAGCUACGCACACAAAAUGUUGGAGGAACACAGGACUCUUUGUUCGCCUGGCCUGCUGAGUUAACAGGUUUAUUCUAAUGUAAAGCCAGUUUAUUAAAUAACACUGGAUACUAAUGCAAACUAUUGGUUUUAGGAAGGUGAAACCUUCAGCGUAGGCAAAUUUAUUAGGAAUUCAGGGGCUUAUUUAACGCUAAUUCUUUUAUUCUGUUUGAUUGAAAACAAGGAAGUACUAACCAUUGACAUUACGGAUGAGCAGAAAGGACUCGAGAUUCAUAGCCAUAUUUGUAGCUGUGAAUCAGCAAAAUAAAAAAGAGAGGAAUCUAUUUGACUGCAAACUCCACCUUUGGAAGGAUCACCAGUGGUGUUUCAUGUUGUUCAUUGUACACCUGAAUAAAAAUCAUGAAUGAAUCACUUUGAUACACAAUGGGGUUAUUCUAUAAGCUUUUUCUCUUCAGAGAGAUGUUAUCAGAAACCACAGAUUGUUGAAAGCUGCACUUAUAGGUACUAUAGUUUUAUUUCACUAGUUUGUGCUGUUUGUCAACAUUUAUCUAAACUGGGAGAACAGGAUUGUUGAAUUAUCUCUGGAACAUUCUGUUAUUUGAUGCUCAUUCUAUGUAAAUAUCAAUAAUAUUGACCCAAUGAAUCAUUUUUUGAUUGAACAAUCGAGUAGAUUAAUAAUAAAGAAGC